AUGAAGGUUCUCACGCCAGAGCAAGAGCAGGCGCAUUACAAUGCCUCAGUCAAGGGCGGAACAAUUGGUGGUCUCAUCGGUACAGCAGUCGGUAUCGCCGCUGUAGCUGGCGCGAGCAGAAGAUACCCAUCGUUCAGGGCGCUCACCCUGCCCUUCCGCGCUUUCCUCGUCACAUCCUCAGGAACAUUCAUUGCUGUCAUCGCCGCCGACCGCGCCUCCGCCCGAUACGACAUUGAAAACACGCCCGAGAAGAAAGCCCAGGUCCAGCGCGAAAAGGAGCGCGAAGCCCUUCUCGAGUCCAACAAAACCGCCUUCGAGCGAGCCAAAGAGUGGGCCACCGAGAACCGCUAUCCGCUGCUCUUUGGCUUCUGGAUCGCCUCCAUGGCUGGCUCGUGGACCAUGGUCAACCGCAACCCCUACCUGAGCGGCUCGCAGAAGCUGGUCCAGGCGCGUAUGUAUGCCCAGGGCGGCACGCUGGCAGCGCUGCUUACGAGCUUUGCGUUUGAGGGCAGCGACGCGGCGAAGGGAAAGGGAAGGUGGGAGACGAUUAAGGUGCUGGAUCCAAACGAUCCUACGCAUCAGCAUAUGAUUGAGAAGAAGAUUCAUCAUGAGAGGUAUGCUGGUGAGGACCGGUGGAGAGAGAUGGUCGAGGCUGAAGAGGAGCGCUUGAGGGAGCGCAACGCCCACAUCGAGGCCAAGCGCGAGCAUCCCGAAGACAAGAACAAGCAGGAGGCAGCCCAAAAGGAGAAGAAGGAGGAGAAGGACAAGUCUGGUGCUAAGGCCUAA